GGUGUUUCCUCAUCGUGACGUUAGUUGAAAAUUUUUUUAGCAAGAAUUAUUUUGGUGAACUAGAACUAAUGUUUUGGUGCUUAUUGUACGGAAAAGUUGAGUUGUUUACGUGAGAAUUAUCAUGGGCUGGUAGAAGUGAAUGAGAAUUAGAUUUUUGUUGAUGUAGCCUCAACUUCGAACAUCCUCUAACCAAAAUGAUGGACCCAGUGGGGUUGGACCCCUAUGAACAACAGCUCCUUGCAGUUUUUAAUGGAUAUGAUUAUGAUAAUGUUGGAAGCUUAGAUGAGCAGGGGUUAAAAGAACUAUGUCAAACAUUACAAUUACAAGAACAAGGCACAGAACUCAUAAGUAAUCUCCUUAAGGAACCAUCCAAAUCUCGGGUGAAAUUUCUGGAAUUCAAGGAUGCGUUGUUGACACUUUUAGGCAACAUGCAAAAUAAUCAUAGCACCAGUGAACAAACCGUUGAGAAUGAAUGUAAAGGUUCUCCUGAAAGGGAGGUUUCCCCAAAAUACAUCUAUGGCUCAAAAAAGUAUGGAAGAAGAUCUCGUCCUAAAACUGAUCUUACUUCUGAUGAACAGAAUGAUUUAAAUUAUUUGAAUACAGGUAUGAAAGGAAAUAAAGAAAGUACAGUUCAGAGGUCAAACUCUGAGGUUUCCCAUUCUAAAAAAAGAAAAACAAAUUUUAAACUCAAAAGAUGUACCUCUUUACCAUCUCGUGAAGAUUGUAAUCCAUUUCAAAAUGAUUUUUUGAAUUCUGAUUCAUUCUCAGAUGAGAAUGAACCUAUUUAUACCGAAGAAAUGCUGAGGAAGGCCUGGAAGAACCUAGGAGUAGGAAAAGAUGGAUAUUUGAAUCAGUCGGAAUUAAUUUUAGUUUGUGAUGCAAUAGGUCUCCAUAAUUUGGCUAGUGCAGUUAUAAGGCAACUGUCCCAAAAGUCAAGCUUGGAUUAUAAUCAAAAAAUCAGUUUUCAAGAGUUAUUGGAAGCAUUAAAACAUGAUGAUACUUGGGCAGAUGUACUCAACAACUCGGAAUCAAUUAUACAAAAUCAUCAUUCCAUUAUUUCAGCAAGUAGCUCGUUUCCAGACUCCCAAACAUUCCAGUACAUUUCAUUGGGUCCAGAUGGAAAUGGAAUAAUAAAUUCGGAUACAAUAAUUGAUAUGUGGGAAUCUGUUGGCAUUACUGCACCUAAAGAAUUGUUGCAUGAAUUAGGUUUCAACUCGAGGCAAAUAAAAAUAGCCGAGCUGGCUUCUGUUUUGGACAGUGGACUGAAAGCAAUUCAUGAAUCAACUGAAACAAACUGUAGUAAUCCACAUAUCUCACUUCUUCAGGCCAAUCUAACGCUAUAUCAAUCUGAAAUAAAGUGCUUGAAACACAUUUUGGAUCAGUUGAAUGAAGAAAAAGAUAAGCUUAGGAAUGAUGUUGUUGAAGCUAAUCAUAGAGCUACCUUACUUGCUCAAGAUGUGGAUGAUCAUCAUCAGAAAAUCCAGGAGAGUACAAGAAAUCAAGUAAAAUUACUGGAACAAAGACACAGUGAGAUUUUGAAGAAUUUAUCUAAAAAGUUUUCAGAAGAAAAAGAAGAAUUGAGAGAAUUCAAUUAUUCAUUAGAGCAGAAAAUUUCCAAUCUCGAACAAGAGUCCUCCAAAUUGAGAAAUGAUCUUUCAACUGCCAAAAAAUACUUAUCUACAGUAGAAACGGAAAACAGUCAGAUGAGUUGUAAAAUAGCAGACUUGCAUGAAGCAAAAGAGAUGCUGCAAGAGCAAGUUAUCAUUUUGGAGAAUGAAUGUCGGAAAUAUAACGAACUGGAUCAUGAAAAUAUAAAGCCGUUGUUAGAAAAGUUGAAUCGCUUAGAGAUUGAAAAUGGUCAAUUGAGAGACCAGAGUGAUGAAAUGACUGUGGAAAUCGAGGCCUUGAAUUCAGAGAUUUCUAUGUUAAGGAGUAAAGAGCAGGUGAAUAUUAGUGAGGCUGUUCCUGGUAAUACUUUAGAUGAAUCAAUGGAGAAUGCUGAACAUAACUUGUCAUUGUUCUGUGCCUCUGGAGCGAAAAGAAGAAACGAUGGUUCUCCAUCUAAAGACGUCAGCCUGUUUAAUUCUAACCUUAGUUUGAGCAGCCCACGGUUGGGUAAGAUACGGAAACUGCCUAAUUCUUCAGAGGAAAGGCCUAAUUCCAGCGAAAGUGGUUUCAGCACAGAAGUAGAUUAUUCAGACAAUUCCUCAUAUUUCUCUCCUAGGUUUGAUGGGCAGGAAGUAAGAAGGUUGCAAGCUAAAAUAAUCUUGCUCGAGCAGAUCCUCCAGCAAAACGACAUAGCAGUCCCCAGUGAUGAUGAUUUGGAAACUGUCUGGACUAAUGUGAAUAAUGUUUCUGAGUUGAAGAAGCGGGUUAAGUGCUUGGAAAAUAUAAUCAGUGAAAUAAAGAAAGAAUUCCAGAAACUCAUUAAUAAAGAAAGUGAUUUCAACCUUAUGAUUGAGAAAAUCAGUAGAAUGAUAGUACAGGAUGAUAUCCUUGGUACUAAAAUUUAUGAGCUCGAAAGCAAAGCAAAAUUGUUUGCUGAUGCUACCACAGAAACUGAUAAUGAUGAUACAACGAAAUUAGAGACUGAAAAUAAGAAUCUCGAAGAGCAAAAUAAAGAACUGACGAACAAAUGUACUGAAUUAGAGAAUUGUAUAGAUUUAUUGAGAAACGAAUAUGAAAAAUGUGAAGACUAUUGGGCCAACAAACUAGAUGAGGAAAGGCAGAUUUUUGAGCUGGAGCAAGCGCAAAGUAAUGAAAAAUUCGCCGACGUGUUCAAGAAAAUGAGGGAAUAUGAAGAACAGUUUGCUCCCCUGGAUUCAAAAUUGCCCACUAUCGUUGAAAGUUACAAUUUAGAACAACAGUUCACAGAUUUAGAGGAGGAGUAUGAGAAUUUUAAAACGGAAAUGGAGAGCGCUUUGGUGAAUAAAGAUGAAGAAAUUGAAUUUUUGAAAAAUAAGCUGACCGAAUUAGCUAUAGAGAAGGAAAAUAAGAAGACAUCCGAUGCAUGUGUACAAAUCGAUAACUUGAAUGAGUAUACUAUCACAGCGGAAAAAAUGAUGCAGUUAUCAUCAGCGGUAGUGGAACAUACUAGUUUUUUACCUGAAGAUUGUAUACCAGAAGAAUGGAAGAAUUCUGAUCAUUCCUUCGGUUAUAAAGGUGUCGGAUAUAAUUCCGCUUACAGAUAUGAAGGACAGGAUACACCUGACAGUGGAAACAAUGGUGAAAGUGAAAAACAGGCUAUGAGUUGGCCGAAUGCAUCAGAUGAUAUCCAUACCUCUAUGUUCCCUUCAACAAGUUCCAGUCCAACUCUGAAAAGAAGUGCACCCUGUAGGCCCAAGAGGACGAGGAAGCACGAAAGGGACGCUUAUCAGUAUAAGAAAAGUCAUGCUCUGAGCCCCAAAGGAACUAAUUCAGAUUCAACGUCGAAAGAAAAUAAUAUACCCACUCUGUUGAACAUGAUACACAAUUUGGCCGACAGGAAGUUGUUUUUGGAGCAAAGAUGUAGAAGUUUAAUUCUGGCUGUGAGGAAGCAACGUAUGCUUAUUGAGUCAAAAUCGAGAGAAAACAGAUAUGAACAACAAGAGUUUCAUUACAUGCUCAAGCAAUCUCAAGAAGAGGUCGAACGCUAUAUGAGGACAUGCAAAGAACUGUCUGAAAAGCUAAUGAAAACCGAUUUACUAGUCAAAGAAUUGUAUGUAGAGAAUUCAUAUCUUAUAGCGAAUGUGCAACGGCUUGAACAGCAAAAUCACUUAUUUGCACAAUGCAGCACUAAUAACUCACUUUAGGCAAAGUUAAAUAUUCUAUGAAUUACAUAUCUUGGCCACUCUAGUCCUUCAUUAAUUUCUAUCACAAAAAAAUUUUCUAUAAACGUUUUUCAAAUGAGAUUCGUAUACUAUUUAUAUUAUUAGGUCUGUUUCAGUUCAGUAAUAGCAUUCAUUUUAUUGGAAUUAUUUUACUUUAUUCUGUUUAUAUCGUAAUUUAUCAUUGAACUUCAGUGAAAUGAAGUCACCUUUUAGUAUGAUAACUAGUUUUGGUACACUCUGAAUAUAUUAUAAAAAUCUAGAAUUUCCAUAAGAGUACCUUGAAAUGAAAACUAAAUGAUAUAGAUAGACUAUAUGUGUACUUACCAAUGUUAUAGUUGUAUAUAUUUUUAAUGUUGGAUAUUCAAAGUGAGAAUAUCGUUUUAUAAGUGAGGUGUCACUGGUAUCAAAGUUACAAUGGGUCAUAUGAUAGUGAUUAUCAUUAUUAAUGUUCAUCUUAAUUUAUAUGAAAAUAUAUAUUUUCCUAAUAAUAAUCUCAUAUUUGGCAUCUUGUUUCAUUCUUGAUUAUCCGAUAAAUAACCCUUUGAGAGGAAAAAUGUAUUAUAAAUUGUUUUCAGUUGCUUUGGAAAUAUAUGUUUUGGUUCGACUAACAACACUAAAUCCCGAACCAAUAUUUCUUUUGAAAUCUUGAUUAUAUUUUUAUUUAUUUUUGGCUCUUCAAGUAUUCACACUUAGUAAAAAUUACAUAGAAAAACUUCAAACUUUUAGAAAUGAACAAUUUUGAUUAAUACUUGUUGUGUAUUUAGUUGAGAGUUGAAAUGUUACUUGUUUCCAUUUUUUAAUUGUAAGUUUUUGAGUAUUUAUCAGUCUGGUUCCAAAGAAUGACUUAUAUUAAGUGAUUUUGUUACGAGUAUGUAAUAACUUUAUUCUUCAUGAGAAGUGUCAUAUUAAAUAUAGAAUAAAUAUUUUACAGUUGAAAAA